UCAUGGCUUAACAUUUGUCAGACAUCUAAUAAAAGGGGGAAAAAUCCUAGUCCAGCAUUUAUGUUAAAGAAAAGAGCUAAAUCAAGCCUGAAAGAAGCUUUGGAUUUUAGGAAAGAAGUAUCCUGAAGUAUCAGAGAGACAACGCCUCACUUAUUGUCAUUGUUUUACUUGGCCACUGAAUUUGAACUUAAGACCGAUCCUGAUUGAGGAAAUCCGCUAGAGACUGAAUGGUUUACUCACACGCAUUUUUGAUUACCAUUAGCCGAUGAGUGUGAGAGGCUCCGACAGAGGCCCAAGUGGAUCUGAUGAACUUUUGGAAAAAUCUCUUUUAAACAAAUAUAUCCAACGCAUGGGGAGAUUACAUUUCCACUCAUUUCCAAAUCCUUUGGAUUAUGUUUUCAAGUGUCUCUUCAAAUUGAAGUUCUAUUUAUUAACUAAAAUCAUCUAAUAACCUGACAAUCGAAAAUGCUGAGACCUGAAGCUGUUUCUGUAGCCAUCUGGGUAGCAUGUGGAGUUAUGGGUGUGCUGCUGGCCGAUACUCAGCAAUGUAGCAUUAAAGUUCUCAAGACCUUCCAAAUCCGCACCGAUUCUAUACAGCUCACACUGAACAACUCAGAUGUGGAUUGCCAAUUCAGAGUGAAUAUUGCGGACAGGCCUGAGAACUCAACAGACUGUGAUCAAGAUCAAGAAAAUUGGGAAAUGACUAAAUGUAAACUUGUGAAUUUGGACCCUGGAACAUGGUACCACCUGACUAUAAUAUCGAAGACAGAUAGUAAUCAAUACAAUGUGUCCCUUCCCACAAGACCUUCAGCAGUGCAAAGUGUUCAGAUGUUUAGACAUGUGGAUAGCCUGAGUGUGUCCUGGAAGCCUGGCCCAGGGAGAACAGAGCAAUUUCGAAUUCUUCUCCGAGACAGCGCAGGUCUGGGCUCUGUCUGGAACGCCACGUUGGACAACGUUACAACUUCAUACACGGUGAACGGCCUGACUCCUGGUCGUGUGUACAAUAUGAGCAUCAUCACCGAGGCAGCAGGGAUGCAAAACGCCGUGUCGGUGCAGGAACAAACAGUACCAAGCACGGUCCUUAAUGCACAUAUGGAGAGCAAUGGGAGUCAGGCAAGCCUCCAGGUCUCCUGGGAUCAAGCGCCUGGUGAUGUGGACAGUUACCUGGUCCAGCUACUGUCUUCUGAUUCAGCUGUGCAGGAGCAAAUUCUGUCCCCAAACACCACCCAAGCUCAGUUUGACCGUCUGACACCUGGCAGCACCUACCAGGCCUUGAUCUACACCAGGAGUGGUGAUCUCAGCAACCAGGUCAAUGUGACUGCUACAACCGCUCCAGGCGAAGUCUCUCAGCUGAAGAUGGAGAAGCCUGCGAAGUACAGCGACGUGAAAAUUAGCUGGCUGCCCCCUGUAGGACACUGGGAACGCUACAGCGUGACGCUCUUUAAUGGCAGCGAGGCGCUGCUUAACACAACCCUACAUAAAGCUGCGACAGAGUUCAGAUUUUCUGGGUUAAAUCUUCAUCCUGGCAGAGUUUAUAAAGCAGCAGUGAGUGUGGAGAGCAGAGGGCAGAGCAGCACCGUCUACUGCCGUGCAGAAAUAGGUCCACCACCUGUGUCACAGCUACACAUCCGUCAUGCAGAUGAGACGUCCCUCAGUGCUUUAUGGAACCACAGUUUUGGCUCAGGGUCUCGUGACGGCUACACUGUAGAACUUUACUAUGCCACUGGUUCCACUGCCAUUCAGACGCGAAGGCUAACCCGGGACAUGAGAGAGUGCACAUUUAACGUGCUCGUGCCUGGCCGUCUGUAUAAAAUUGUUGUGAUAACCACCAGUGGAGACCUCCGCAGUUCUGCUGCAGUGACAGGAAGGACAUUGCCUCAUGAAGUGACCUCCCUGAGGCUAAACAAUAUGAGAACCACAGACUCUCUCAGUGCCACCUGGGACAGACCUCAGGGAGAUCUGGAUUCCUAUCAAGUGCUGCUGCUACACAACCAAGAGCCUGUGUAUAACCUCACCAUCCCAGCUAACACAACCAUUAUCCACCUCCCGCAUCUCAAAUCUGGAGCAUUUUAUAAACUGCUGAUUAGCACAGUCAGUGGUGAACAACGAUCCAAACAGGCUGAGGCCAACUGCCACACAGUGCCAGCAGCCGUGGCUGAAGUAACGGUCACGAAUGAUGGACGUCCAGAUUUCCUCAAUGUCUCAUGGAAAGCUGUGCCAGGAGAUGUGGACAAUUAUGAGGUCAACCUGAAGGACCGGGAGCGGAUUGUAUACACGCUCACUGUGACCAAACUGAGCUCUGAAUUCAGCAGCCUUGUGCCGGGACGACUGUAUACCAUCUCCAUUAGCGCCUGCAGUGGCUUUUACAAAAACACCACUGUCGUCCAAGGAAGAACACAACCGUCUGCAGUGCAGAACCCCAAUGCCAUCCAUUUAGCCCGAGAAAAUGUCCUGAAGGUGUACUGGAACCAUGCAGCUGGAGAUUAUGACUAUUACAACGUAGCAAUCCUGCACAACAACACACUCCUUCAGAACCAGACAGUGGAGAGGAGCCGGAACGAGUGUGUGUUUAGUAAUCUGGUGCCUGGUCGACUCUACAGGCUCACUGUCAGCACCUGGAGUGGAGAGUACGAGUCCAGGAUUUCCACUGAAGGACGUACAUUUCCCGCUGCAGUACGUUCGCUGGCCCUGUCCCAGAAAGGAACCACUCAUCUGUGUGUGAGCUGGAACUCUGCACCAGGAGACGUGGAUCACUACGAGCUCCAAAUCCUCUACAACGACACAAAAGUUUUCCCAGCCAUGAGUCUUAACAACACAGCGCAAGAGUACUGCUUCUCUCCACUCACCCCAGGCUUUCUCUACAAGAUUGUGGUCUCCACCAUCAGCGGGUUGUACCUACAGGCCCAGCGCAUAGAGGGCCGCACCGCACCUAGUCAGGUUAAGAACCUCCAGCUCCUCCCUGGGACACUCAGUGGCAGUCUCAGGGCUUCCUGGAGUGCCGGCGCAGGAGACGUGGACUUCUACACGGUCUUCCUGCUCCAGAACGCACAGGUCGAGAUCAACCGACGUGUCCCUAAGCAGAACAACAGGACAGACUUUGAAGAUCUCGUACCUGGGCAGCUGUACACAGUUAGAGUACAGACAGUGAGUGGAGCACUGACUAACGACAGCACCGUCAGCGGACGCACAGUUCCUUCGCCAGUGAAGGGCCUCCAGGCUGACAGUGAACACACCACACACAGCCUUGCUGUUAGCUGGGAUGCGCCAAUGGGUGUGUACGAUGGUUACAGUGUUCAGCUGUUGGAUGAGGAUGAAGCCACGGUAGCCAAUGUUUCAGUGCCUGCAGGCAUCACACAUUACCUGUUUGAGGGUUUGGUCCCAGGACGAAUCUACACUGUGCAUCUUAAGACCUUCAGCAACACUUCUCACAGCAAGGACGUCACAGCAAAAGGGCAAACACGCCCGGCAGCUGUGAAAGGUCUCCAUCUGCUUUCAAACAGCACCGCUGAGCUCUCAUUCGGCUGGAAUGUGUCUGAAGGCUGGGUGGACCACUACGACCUCCACCUGUACAGCCCGGACAAUAUUCUCCAAGAACACAAGAAAGUGGGGGCAAAAGAGAGAAGCUGCAUUUUCCCUCACCUGCUUCCUGGGACACUUUACAAGCUGGUGGUGAUAAGCAGGAGCAGAGGAAUGAGCAGCGAGUCUUCUCUGUGGGCGCGCACAGUCCCUGCCCCAGCUCGAGACUUGCAGAUUGAUCAUGAGGGUCACACAGACAGUCUGUUGCUGAGCUGGAGACGUGCUCCUGGGAGUCUGAGUGGAUACAUCAUUUCUCUGGAGGGCUCGGAUCAGCCGGAACAGAGACUGGGACCCGAACACACUCACACAAUCUUCACAAACCUUCUGCCUGGUCGCUUAUACACUGCUGUGGUGCGCAGCUGGAGUGGAGAGCUUACAAGCACUGUGUCUGUAGUAGGGCGCACAGUUCCUGAGCCACCCACGACUCUGACCAUUAAAGAUGUUGGCCCUGUUGGCACGGUGGAGGUGAUCUGGCAUGCUCCUGCUAAGGGCAACUAUGAUGACUUUGAAGUAAAAUGGCUGCCACGAGAUGUGCUGUACAUGUCCAAACCAAACCCAAUGCGACGCAUCAUUUCUGGUCUUUACCCUGGCCGGCUGUAUAACAUCAGCCUGUCCACUGUGAGCGGGGGAACACCAGGGCCUGUUGCCUACAGCUCAGCUAUUUACCACUCCAUCCGCACAGCUCCAGGACCAGUCCAGAGUUUCCACUGUCAUCCCCUGAGCUCGAAGUCUCUCUCAUGCUCCUGGAAGCCUCCAGCAUCUGAUUACAGCUCUUACUUCAUGGAAUGCAGGAGGCAAGGCUCGAAAGUGCCUGUGUACAAUUACACACUGAGUGCUAAUACCCAAUUUCAGCACUUUGACAAGCUGGAGCCUUUCAGGAACUACACAAUCUCCGUUACAGUGAUCUCUGGAGACAAGAAAGGUGCAGCCGUCCAGAACAGCACCUUCACCAUGAUCGACCGGCCACCGGUGCCUCACCCCACAGUACGCAUCAGUGAGAGAGCAGCCCACAUCACCCAGUCCACCAUUUUCUUCAAGUUCAACUGUAGCUGGUUCAGCGACACCAACGGGGCCAUUCGCUACUUUGCCGUCAUUGUAGCCGAGGCUGAUGGUGUGGAGCCCGUGUUGCCAGAACACAGGCAUCCUCUGCCCUCUUACCUGGACUAUAAGCGCAACAGCUCAGUAUUGGCUUACCAGACCAGCUACUUUCAGAGCCUGUGUGGAGAUGAGAUGGAUUCGGCCAACCGGGUGUUUGAGAUCAACCUCGGGGCCGGGAUGGACCGUCUGGGAGGAGCUUGUGAGCAAGACAUGGAGCACAAACAGCAGGGGAACUAUUUCUGUGAUGGACCCUUAAAAUCCAGAACAGCCUAUAGGCUGAGUGUCCGAGCCUUCACCCAGCUCUUUGAUGAUGAGAACAGGGAAAUGUCUCAUCCUCUGUUCAGCGACACCUACCUCUCACUCCCACUUUGGACACAAGCAGAGCCGCUGGGAGGCGUCGUCGAGGGCAUCAGCGCCGGCUUGUUUCUCAUCGGGAUGAUGAUCGCUGUAACCGCCUUACUGAUCUACAGGCAGAGGGUCCGCAAAGUAGCGGUGCAGGAAAGCCCUCUGGUGAGGAUGAGUAUGUGGAAGGAGGUGCCCACCUCAGGGAUGUACAUGGGGGUCAGAAGCAACCGCCGCUUAUCCAGCCCCAUCAAAGCAGCCCACUUCGAAGCUCAUCUAGGUAAACUUCAAGCCGACUCCAAUUACCUCCUCUCAGAGGAGUUCGAGGAUCUCAAGGAUGUGGGACGGAACCAAGCUCUGGAGGCUGCACGUUUACCCGAGAACCGCUGCAAGAAUCGUUACAACAAUAUACUGCCAUAUGACUCAACCCGCGUGAAGCUCUCAUGCUUAGAGGACGAUCCAUGCUCGGACUACAUCAAUGCCAGCUUCAUGCCAGGAAAUAAUUUCAGGCGGGAGUACAUUGCCACGCAGGGGCCACUCCCAGGCACCAAGGAUGAUUUCUGGCGCAUGGUGUGGGAGCAAAAUGUGCACAACGUUGUCAUGGUGACGCAGUGCGUUGAGAAGGGCAGGGUGAAGUGUGAUCAGUAUUGGCCAGUGGACAGGGAGCCACUGUACUAUGGUGACCUCGUGGUCCACAUGCUCUCUGAGUCCGUCCUGUCAGAGUGGACAAUCCGCGAGUUCAAGAUAUUCUGUGAAGGCCAGCUGAGUUACUCGAGGAUUGUGCGUCACUUCCAUUACACGGUGUGGCCGGAUCAUGGCGUGCCUGAGACGACCCAAUCGCUCGUUCAGUUCGUGAGAACUGUGAGAGAUUACAUCGACAGGGUGUCAGGCUCUGGCCCUACAGUGGUCCACUGCAGUGCUGGUGUGGGCCGUACAGGCACUUUCAUCGUGCUCGAUCGUUCUUUACAGCAGCUGGAUAGCCGUGGCACCGUCGAUAUUUACGGCUGUGUGUUCGACCUGCGGCUGCACCGCUCACACAUGGUGCAAACCGAGAGCCAGUAUGUGUACCUCCAUCAGUGUGUGCGUGACGUUCUGAGAGCCAGGAAGCUUCGCUGUGAGCAGGAGAACCCACUUUACCCCAUAUAUGAGAACUUUAACCCUGACUACUACAGAGAUUUUGUGUACACUGGAAAGUGAGGACUGCAGACCACUUGACAAAUCACAGGAGAAGGAAUUGCCUCUGGACAUUAAAUCUAACUUUAAUAACUAGUGCACUUCACUGCAAAAAAAUAAUAUCUCAGCAAGUGCAAAUAUCUUUAAUAUGGGUGCAUGCUUUUAGAUGCUUUCUCUCAUUUUAAGCGUUGACUUUUCUUAUUCUAUUUGCUUCUUUCUAGAAAUAAAUGCUUAAAUUUUAGAUAAAAAUGAUCUGCAAAUAGCCUGAAGCUUGAAAUUGGUAAAAUACAUCUAGAAAUAGGUUUAAUUAUCUUAAAUUUGGUUUACCGUAGUCUUAUAAUAAGAAAUUCUAGAUACAUUUGAGUAUAUUAAAGACAUUUUCACUUGCUAAAAUGUCAUUUUUUUGCAGUGCACAGGGAUAUAGCAUUUAUUUUUUAUACAACCUCCUCAAGCCGUAUUUAAAGUGUUAACAUUUGUUUAUGGAUAUUUAUGUCUUUUAUCAAUUUUAUACUUUAGUCAAUAUAGGCACCUAGUCUUCCUAUAAUUCUUUCUCAUGUUAUUAUCUCCUUCAGUUAAUUGUUUAUUGGAAACUGAAUUUACCUUCAUGCUUUAAUGUGAAGCAGACUGAACUGACCUUUACCGUUUAUCUGAUUGGUGAUUGGGAAUUGGUAAAUUACCAGAUUGAGAGAAAGCAGGGUGAAAAUUGAAUUGUUUUUGCAUCCCUAAUAUGAUUUUAUUUGAAUAGGAAUUGCUUAGAAAGCAAUAGUAAUCUUUGUAAAUAAGGCUACACAUAUAUAGCCUUAGCCCUGUCCCUAAACAACCGCAUAUGACCAGCACUGUUGAGAAAAGCACUGCUUUCUGUCACACUGCCUUAGAAAAGGUUAAAGGUAAAUGCGAGCGAGAUUAUGACAGCUGAAUCCAGAAAGCCAUCAAAUCUGCUGUGGAUUUACAGGGAACAACCCCGAAGUCAUGGGUGUUUCAGACCACAUACCUCCAUCCAGCUUGUCUGUCAGCAUUCUCUGUGCAUCUUCCUAUAUAUUCUUGCAAUCACUGAAAUUAUAGCUAGAAAGAAUGCUAUAAAAGCUAUAAAAUGACUUCUUUCAUUUGUUUCUUUCCAUUUCUCGUGCCAACUUUGCAUUUGUCAUGGCACGUUUACCGAAGGUUAAACUUCUACCAUCAUUUGCAUCCCUUUUAUCAGACAAAGCACGUAUAAGAACACACUCUGAGCAGUUUCAUGCAUAUUCAUUAUAUUUUAGUAUAAACAGUAUUUCGUUACGUUCAGUAAGGAAAUCGUGCUCGCUCGUGACCUGUACCAGAGCUGGCUUUAGUUUAUGUUGCUUUGGGAGCUUUUAUCUUUCUGACUCAUCAAAGGCACCAACACGGGAAAAACGCAAUGAGUCCAAACAGACAACAGUUUCUGCCCCAAUCUACAUCAAACACAUCUGACAACGUCAGCCUAAUCUAACCAGGAUUUCUGACCUUGAUUCAGAUCUGUAUGUAAAGUCUGAUCUCAAGAUGAAAGCACUUAGAUUAAGUGAUUGAUUAGAUCUGAAUAAGUCUAAAUAAAUAAGCACUUUUUAUUCCUAUGGACCUCAAAACUGUGACAUGAAAUAAUGUGCUAAAAAUCAAUGCACUGCAAAAAAAAAAAAAAAAAAGAUGACUUAGCAAGUACAAAAAUCUUGAAUAUAGUCAAAGUUAUCUAGUUUUUCCUAUUAUAAGACUUGAACAAACCAAAUAUAAAAUUAUUAAACAUAUUUGUUAUUGAUUUCAAGCUCAAAAUUAGCAGUUAUCUGCUACUAGGACAAGACUAUUUCAAGCUCGAAAUGAGUAACAAUGGCUAGAAAUGGGUUUAAUAAUCUUAUACUUGGUUUAUUUUAAUGUUAUAAUAGUAAAUACUACAGUAUAUUCAAGAUAUUCAAGACAUUUCUGCAGUGUAUUUACUGUUCACUGGCUACAUUACUGUACUAUUAACAUAACCUCCAUUUUAAAUUCUGUUGGGUUGCCACUACCUUACAGAGCGGAGACGUAUUUUGUCAAAUUUAAAGCAAGCCUGUCAUGUGAGUGGUAUUUUAAAAAAAAAAAAAAAAAAAAAAAAAAACAUGCAUUACACCUCCAAGUUGUUGUUUUUUUUUUUCUUCAAUAACAGCACACCCCCCAAAGUGUUUUAUUUCUUUACUGCAAUUUGCUAACAACCAUUAAAAAUUUUUAUUCAUAAAAAAAACCACAUACUUUAUAUCCAUUUUUAGAUACCUUUAAUGUUGUGGACCAUCUACGAAACAGGUUCUUUGUAAUUCAGAAUGGAUUAUAAUGUGAAAGUGUUUUUCUUGUUCCCGUAGUUACAGGGAUAAAGCUAAAGGUGUUGAAGAGUGUUGAAGAUGCACGCAGUGUAAAUCCUGCUGCGUUUGGAAAUGUGGUCAGUCUAUGAUCAGUUUCUGUCAUGGAGGUGGAAACGUAUUGUUGUUUUCAGAAAUCCUUUUAAUGUAGCCUCUUUCACAAACCAUUUAUAAGCUGUGUAUGCUGAACUAUGUUCUCUGCUGUAAGCAAUAAUACUGAGGAUAUAUUAUUUUUAUUAUUCAGAUUGUGAUACUCUUUCUAUGUACUGUAGACACAAUAUAGACGUUUUCCAGAGGUUUUUUUUUUUUAAUGUAGUGUGAUGUCAGUACAUCCAGUAUUUCUAUAACUUACAUUGUUUUAAACCUAGAAAUUGCUAUUUAAAAACAGAUUUUGUGUAUAUAUCUUUUAUACUUCCCCUUUUUUCCAAAUCACACACUUAGGUCUGUAUAACAUGACUGUAACUUUCAUAUAUGUGAAAAAGAAAUGGCUACAUACAGUAGCUUUGUAUGCAAUGAAAGAGAAAAAUAUCGGGAAAAAAAAAUAUUGGAGAUUUUAUUUGGCCUAGAAAUUGGAGUUGCUUAUAAACACUGCACAGACGAUAUGAAUAUUUAUUGUGCCCUGUUUUUUAAUGUGGCUUUUAUAAUGAAUAAACCAGAUGCCUCUGUGUGUAAGAGAGUAUGAAUGUACAAUCUCUAGUACACACUUUUAAUAAUAAUAAAAAACUAACCCUUA